AUGAGCAAAGAUAAUAAGCUAAAAGAGUUUAUAAAACAAUGUUUGUGUUCUGUUUCAUGUGCCAUGAGAGAUGACUUGGAUUGUGUCUCUCACAUUCAUCUUUCAGAUCCAAACAUUGAAUGGUUCGAGUCAAUACAACGCUCUAGCAAUCAAUUCAUACUGGAAUCUCCUAUUGUGUCCCUUUCCCCUUUUAAUCGGACUAAACGAGAUUUAUUCCAUAAAACUAUUGCCAGAUUACCAACAUUUACUACUUGCGACUCGUUCAAAAACAAACCGUUGCAUCAAAUUUUACAGUCCAUUGUGCAUGACUGUUCAGAUCAUUUACAAACGGUAUCAUUGGUUUCAACUACCUCGGUCGAAUCUUUAGACUCGACGUUGUUUCGCGAAUUGUGUGUUGACAGAUCUGACGUUGAAUUUAUGGAACAAAUUAUACCAGAAAAAUCUUCAUGUUCAUUAAAAAAUGAACCAUGUAUCAAAGUGUCCACCAUGAAUAUCUCACAAAUGAGCGAAUACGUUCUUGUAGAAAAAUCGAAAAUUAUAGAUACUACGGAGUUCAAAGUCUUUUUAGCACAAGAUCGUGUUCAUGCUGAACCACUAGAGUCAUUGUCCAGUGUAUUGGAUAUCGAUCAUAUCUUCUCAAACAGCUUAGAAGAAUUUGAUUCAAUGAUUUCAGAUCACUCAAUUGCUCAAGAUCUACUGUCGUGUGUUAGUCAUGUACCAAACGUGCUUUACAAGGAAGUCCGUGAUGCUGCUUUUGAUCAGCCAUCCACGCAUAGGCUUAAACAAAUAACAGAAAUGCCAGCAUUAUGUUUGGCGCAAUCAAGUCAAAAUACACCACCCAACAUUAAAUCUACCAUUACUUUGCUUGACUUGAAGCCAAUGAAAGUAUCUACUACUUGUCAACUUGAAAUGCUUUCGUGGGACCUCACAAACGCACUCGUCACCAUCAAUAAACAUAGCCAGAUAAGCUCAACCCAUUUCAAACCUUUGGUAAUAUCUUCAACAGUAUGGCGCAAAGAACUACUUUUGGCUGAAUAUGCAAUGGAUGUGUUUUCACACUCACGAAAAGUGAUACAGCAGUUGAUGAUAAAGUAUGAGCCGUUGAAACAUUCAGAUCUGCAAUUUCUAGUAGAUCAGGUCGCGACUACAUUUAUUUCGCAAUUGUCCGAAUUGCCGAUCGGUAAAAAGUACACAGUAUCCGACGUCGGCAACUCAAUGGCAAAUAAAAGAACUCGUAGUCAAUACGAAGAUGACAUGACAGGAGGAAUGGAUCAUCCAAGUGUAUGUCUGCAAAAAAACACUGCAUCUAUCGUUCAAUUUUCUGUUUCCGACUCUGUAAAUGACUAUAUUCGGAUUCGCGAUAAAUCAGCCACAAAAGUAUUCUCACGUUCAAUGGAUGCACCAUCACCAUCCAUGUCCUUUAUUCAUAUCCAAUCCCCAAGCCAUUUCAACACGCAUCCUCCAUUCAUUCAAACCGAAAAUGUGGUCGACUCAUCAGAGCAGUUAUAUACUUCAAGCCAUAUCUAUUUGGCUACACCGGCAGUGUUUCUCAAUGGCGCAUUGGUUAAUCACCUUGCGAAUCGCUAUCACAUUGAACUUUAUGAACGGUCGUAUGGAUUAUGCAACCCUAAAUCAAGUAACUCGGUCCAGAUCAUUGCUUUGGAUGAACGCAAUUGUACCAUAUUAUACCCCAUCCAAAUGCUAUCGCAGCAAUCCCAGGUGCAAAUUCAACAUAUUGAGAGAAAGUUUGAUCCAUCACUGGUUUUAAAUUCUCCACUGGGAAAUAUCAUUUUAGAUGUAGCAUUGCGAUUUACGCAAAUCCAUCUCAUAUUGACAGGAAUCUGUAGUGGCAAUGAGGCAUUUGCCAUGACACCUCCUGUACAACAUGUAUUGGCUCAUCUAUGCGUGUUUUCUUCUGUGCUAAAAGAAAAAGUUGGGACAUCACUCAGGUGGACUUUGGGUGGCAGUUUAGAUCAUGUAGCUCAUUCAAUUAGAAAGCUGGGCAAUGAUAUAGCAUUGCUGAUGGAUUCAGAAAUCAACUCGGAUGCCAUGGUCAAGAAUGAAUAUAUGAAUGGCAAACCAUGGAGGUCACAAAGCAUGUGGGAGAAUAGAGGAUGGCUGCAUCACGAUCAGAAUCCAGUUGAGUUUAUGGCUUUUAAUCUAACCACACCUGUCAAACAUAGUGUGUUGUUGUGUAUGUUUCCUACACUCAAUGCCAUGAAUGUGGAGAUUAUACUUGCACAAAACAGUCUAUAUGAGCUGGCUCAGAUGCAUGCCGAGUUGGUGAUUGAUGAGCUGAGUUUGUGGGUAGAGUCGGAACGGUUGAGGGUAUUUCUCGAAUUAUUUUUGUAA